UCCGACCCGAUGGCCGUCGCGUCUCGCCGCCCGCGCCGUUCACUCGCGCGGCCGCACGAACCGUCCCGUUCCGCACGCGUUUUUCCCGGCGUCUGAUCCCCGCGGGCGAUGCGCGAUGACGGGACCACAGCGGCCGCCGCCGGUAGCGACAACACGUCGUCGUCGUCGUUCGUGAUCAUCGGCGACGGCGGCGGCGAUGACGGUGACCGUCGCCGGUUCGCCCGGAACCUGGACGCGAAGCUGAAGAAACUGCAGCGGCGCGAAGGCGGUGACGGCGCCGCCAAGCGCGCGGCCGCGUCCAGGAAACCGGUGUUCGUGACCACCGUGAAAACCGGCAUCUUCCUGGACCCGCCGCCCGACCUGGCCGCACUGCUGGGCCUCGACCACGACCACGACCGCGCGGCCGACUCCGACCGGUACUACUCGUACUCGAGCAAGCCGCGUGCGCUCUACGACCAGCAGCACCAGCGCCAGCGUAGGACCGCCGACCGCCGACCGGAUAUGUGCAAACAAACGGGUUACACGAACAUUAUGCACGACAAAAGAGUGGUCAGAGGCAGUAAUUAUACAAAAAAUAUAUACCGUCCAAAAUGGAACCCGUAUUUUGGGUAUGCUAAACAGUUGUCGUCCGAGUUCGGUAAAGAAUCACUACUCGUAGACCGCGAAGCGGAAUGUCAUCGACGCACUAUAGCUAGGAAAAGAGCAAUGGACUAUCAAUCAAGAGCAUUACGAUUGCACCUCGGAGCACCGAAACUUUCCAGAGGUCGUCAAGACGUGGAUAUUCAAACUGACGUACGACUAGAACAGAUGUACGAGUAUCCACAUUACCAGACGUUCGGAGCCCAGACUGAAUUCGAUCAAGAUUUCUACUCAAAUCCGGGAACCGGAACGUCCGAUAACACGGACGCAUCUACCCAAGUGGAUGACAAAGAUUUGUUCGACUUCGAUGUUGAGGUGACGCCAAUAGCCGAGACGCUGAUAUCCGACGUAUUUCGGCAAGCAAUGCGUGAAGUGCUGUACGAAGACGAGUUGGACGCCAGGGCGCGGCAACAAAGAGCGUUAAACAUGAGACGUAAAAUCGAAGGAAUCGAAAAGCAAAGACUGGAGUUUGAAGAAGAAAGGCUGAAUAAAGUGAUCACCGACCACGCUCAAUUAUUUGAUGAAGGCGUAAAAACCGAAAAUACUUAUAUUUAUAAAUCGACUUCAGACCGUGUGACUGAUUUACUUCCCACGAUACUCAACGACCUAAAUCGAAAUGGGUUUAUCACAAAUACCACCGCUAAUAUAAUAAAAAACCCUGAAUUUGUGCCCUGGCUGGUGGAAGAACUUCAAGAAAAUAAAACGGAAGACAUCGAGAGCGAUGAAAUGCUUAAAAGUAUAAUUUACGAUCUUGCAAAACGUCGAUUGGAGUCAUUCAAUGAAAUCACAACUGUGCAAAAUAUACCAAAACCCAAAGAACUUUUCGAAGAAAUUGAAACGGUAACAUUACAAUCCGAUCAAAAAAUCGAAAAAGAUAAUCGGACAGCCGAUACCUAAGAAACCUGUACAGUAAGAAGUGAUCUUAAAAAGAAAAGAACUAUAGAUUCAAUAUUAGUUUGGUCCAUUUCAUUAAGCUCAGAAUAGCUUUUGACAAAAAUCGAUGGUUACGUCGAUCCGAACAAAAUUAACCAAUUUUGUAUUAAUUUAUAUUUUUUAAAAAUACGAUCGAUCGGCUACAAAUAGAUGGAAAAAUAUCACACUACUAUCAAAAAGAAUGAUUUUAUUCGUGAAUUUCAAAAUCAAAUUCACACAAGUUAUUCAAACCAAAUAUCUUUUCAAAAAUGUGCAUCAUAAAAAUAUAACUAUAUUUUUGAUAAUCUUGAAAUUAUUUUUAUUGACAUUACAAGUUCUAACCAAAAUUCACAUUGAAAAUUUACAUUAGAAUGCAAUACAUUAAGAAAUAUUUUUCGUCUGCUUCAAAUAAUAUUGGUUAAUAGACUUGAUACCUGAAUAGCAUAUUAUACUACGAACUUUGAUAUACCGGCAAAACUAUUUAGAACAUAAUGAAGUGGACAAAAACAUCAGAAAUAAUUUUGAAGAUUAUAUUCGUGGUUUAUAGAUUUAGAAACGAACUACUCUAGAUGAACACCGAGUCGAGCUUCAAUCAAAAAUGUUUGUUUUAUCCGGUAGAAUCUAAUAUUACGCCUAAAUAUAUUAUAUGAUUAAGAAAUGUGUUGUACAUUUUUUGAGUUGUAUCAAA